AUGUCUACACAAACUACGCAAAAAAAUCUCGAUCUCAGUUCCAGCCCAUUCAUCAUCUCUGAACAAGAGGAUGAUGAUGCUUUGUUUGAUGUAAUCUUACUCGAAGAAUAUAUGAAACCCUGCAAUCUGCCAGAUAAGUAUCAGAAUGAUACUUUUGAUGAUUCAAAAAGCUCAUCUAUGGAUAUGCAACCAUUAGUCGAGUUCCAGAAUUUAACAGAUUUCGACUACAAGCUCCAAGGAGUAAGAAGGAGUACUAAUGCAGGAAACAAUAUUCCUAUUCCAGCAAUGAAGAUGAAGGAAGCAUGUCUUUGUCAUCUACCUUUAGGGCGUAGCUCUUCGCAUAAGCCUAGUUUGUAUGGUUGUGAUUCUUCUAAUUGUUUUAUUACUAAAACUACAAUCACUGAAGAAACAGAAUAG